AUGAACUCAAAGCAACAGCCCCUAUCGCAAUCUUCAACGUCAACGUCGACCACUUACACCCAAGGCCACAGCGCGGCCGUCGUGGCUUCGCACGCGUCCCGCACGGUGGAAAACUCUGCCGCGUUUCUGUUGCCGCAUCUGCAGCCGCAUUUUACAGUCGUGGACCUGGGCUGUGGGCCGGGCACCAUCACUAGGGGUUUUUGUUCCUAUGUGCCCCGGGGCCAGGUGAUUGGGAUUGACGCCGCGGAGGAGGUGAUUGAAGUUGCGCGCUCGAGCUCCCCGGAGAAUGAAUACCCUAAUCUGAGUUUCCGCGUGGGCGACAUCACCGCCCGCCUGCCUUGGGACGAUAAUUCCGUGGAUGUCGUGUAUACCAGCCAGGUGCUGUACCACAUCCCUCACCCCGUGCGGGUUAUUAGGGAAGCUCUCCGCAUCCUGAAGCCCGGUGGGUUGCUGGCCAUGCGCGAGACAGAUUCCCUGAUCUUCCACCCCGCCAAUCCCGGCACAGAGCUCUUCAGGCAAACCAUGGCCAAAGCAGUCUCCCCCGGCGCCCAGGGCAUUGGGUCCGGUCGCCGCAUCCACCUCUGGGCCCAGGAGGCCGGGUUCGAUCGGUCCAAGAUGCAGGUCCGCGCGGGCGCCACGUGCCACCCUGCGCCCGACGAGUCGAAAUGGUGGGCGAAUAUCCACGUUGAGAGGCUGAAAGGUGAGAUUGGGCGGAAGUGGUUGCAUGAGCUCAAGCUCGUGAAGAGUCAGGAUGAGAUCGAUGACAUGAUCAAGGGUUUGGAGGAAUGGGGGGAUAGUCCUGAGGCGUGGUACGUCGCGCUCCAGGGGGAGGUCAUCUGUUGGAAAUGA